CUUGGUUUACAGCUAGGCAACGGGGUUAGGAGGGGGAUGACGUUUUGACACGCCCCCUUGUUGGGCAGCCAACCAAUCGCAAAGCGCCCUGUUGGCUGUGCAGGUUCUCUCUCGGUCAGAGCGACGUCAGCGGCAGCCAAGAUGGCGAUGUCCAUAGAGUGGAAGCACUUGUGUGCUGUGUUCAUUUUGCCAUUAUGUAGCCUGGUGGCUGGUGACGGCCAGCUGAGUGCCCCGCACCGUAGGUUCGAGUAUAAAUACAGCUUUAAGGGACCCUACCUGGUGCAGAGUGACGGCUCGGUGCCCUUCUGGACUCACAGUGGCAGUAAGUAGCACUCAGUGCACAUCCAGGAGUAAGUCAUCCUAUACCACAGUGAUCAGUAACAUGGCCCCUGCAGGGGAGUCUGGACAACUACAACUCCCUGGGUGCACAGCCAGGCUUGGGGAUGGCUGAGCAUUAUGGGUAAUGUAGUUCAUAAACCAUGCAGGGGGUGCCAAGAGUAGACAUUGCUGGAACCCCCCUGUUCUUCUUGUAACAUUGACUGGUAUACUGUAUCUGUACAUUCACACACUUACCACAAAGAUUAAUUCACAUUAUGGGCUAUUUCCAAAAUCCUCUUGUCCUUUAUUAUAUUAUAUGUAUUUGUGUGUCUACCAUAUUUAUCUAUCUUUUCACAACCUAUUUUGUAGUUAAUGAGCCUUUUGAUUCGUUAAAGAGUACUUUAAGGUAAAGAUAAAUGAGAUUUAUGAAAACUAGGAUGAUACAGACAAGGAAAGGAGAGGAGGGGGAGCUGAAUUGAUAAAUAAUAAAAUCCCAAACUAACUAGACAGUUUCUCUCAGUAUAGUGAAGUGUAAGUAUAAAUAUGAGCUUGUCGUUUUGCAAUGCAGUUCAUCAAAUUAUGUAGUAUAAUCCAGUACCUUUUUUAUGUUUAUUCAGAAACUGGUUAACAUGUUUUAGCAAAGAGCUGUAUAGUCAACAAAUACUAAUUUGGAUUUCCAUUUCAUUUUGUGGUUACUUUGCUAGUACUAAUAUUGGUGCUUGUGUCAAACUUUUUUUUUUUUUAUAUAUAUAUAUAUAUAUUACAUAGGACUCUCUCAUGGUAGCUAGUGGAAUCAUAGUAGCCCCUCGUUUGGGCAAGAAACUUUGAAGUGGUCCUUUUACAUCUAUUUUUCAGAUAGAGGACAAGAGUUGUCAGAAUUCUGUUUAAAACACAGUGCAAACAUGUAAAAGAGGCGGAGUCACCAUUGGAAUGUACCUGCAGGUUCUAACAGUUUCCAUGGUAACUGCCCUGCUAUCAUUCUUUUCGUUUAGAACAGAAUACUUUGAAAAACUUCCUCACUGAAAUUAUAACAUAAAUAACUACAGAUAUAGCAAAACUGCAGGGUUUUUUUUGCCAUUAAACGUAAGGUGGCACAAUUGAUAGGGCAUAAGUAAAGGCAUCUGAAUGCCAGUGCAUAUCAUUGCACAUGUACCAGAUUUUGAGGAUCUUUCUGGAUCUUCAGUCAUCUAUAUGAUACACAUUAAGAGUACAAAAUUGACAAGGCUUAUGGCAUGCCAUGAAAGAGACGAGAUUGGCAGCACUGGGGUAAAAGAGCUUGAAGUGGGUGGAUGGAUGACUUCCUACCUUACGCCUUUCAACUGUCACUAUCCAGCAGAUAUAUUACUUGGGAGUAUAUUUAGAUUUUUCCAAGUACCCAGAUUUCUAGAUUCCCUUUUUUUUUUAGUAAGUAAAGGAGGGAAAAAAAGAUCUUAAAGGUGCACUGUAAACUUUAACUUUUCCAUGAAAAUGGAAAGCUAAACUCAAGAUGCAGUAAUUGCUCAGAUCACCUUGCAAAUACUUCUUCUCGUUGAGCCAAAUUGGGAAGUUUGGAUUUGUAAGAAUGGGAGAGGUCUUGCAAAGGUUUCAGACAAGAUCUGCAUCUUGUGCAAGCUGUUUUUAGGUAUACCCCAAUGGGAAAAAAAUGCAGAAUAAAUGCAUGUGUGUUUUAAUUGGGGUUAUAUCUACUAAACAGUGAUUUUGUUUUCUUCAAUUGGCAAUAAACCUUGUAAUUUUGGAAGGCGGGGUGGGGGGCUCUUUUAUAAGGUGGGAAUUUGUAAUACAUUUUUCCAGCAUAACUACUUUUGGCUUUUAGUUGGUUAUGGUUGAGCACCAUAAGAAAUGCAAUAAACAAAUAUCUGGGGUGUCAAAAUUCGUCAGUAGAAAUAAGCCACCAAACUCUGUCAUCUCUUUCCUUUUGUCAAUGUUUCAACAAAUAGACUAUUACUCUGUAUAAAUCAAAAUGAAACUAAUUCACUAGAAUACCCUGCCAGUUAUGAUAUAGCGUUAUAGUACGUCAUUCUUUCUAAUCUUGUUUUUAAUUGUUAGAUUAAAAAAAUCUUGUUUCGUUUUUUCAUAUAGUCGUGUUGUUCUUCUAUUGGCUGUAGAGUGAUGUGCAGUUUUGUUUGACUGUGGGAUUUUAUUGACCUCCAGCAGAUUAUAUUGACACGUAGUCAUUUAGUUACCUUUCCUGAUAAAUGAUAAGACUACUGUUAGGCUGAUGUGUCCGUUUUUAGUGCAGCUGUGAUCUGUAAUAUCGCUAAUGCCUCUAACACAUUUUUGUCGUGUAUUGUGAAAGUGAGAAUGGAACGGUUAUAACUUUGCUGUAAAUUUUCUAUGAACACACACAGAUCAGUGCAGCCUUAAAUUCUGUUCCCCCACCUCAUACAUUUUGUAAGAUUUUUUUUUUAAAUUUAUUUUUUAUUAAUACAUUUUUCAAGAUGAGAGCUUUUUAUCAUUUUAGCAUAUUUAGUGAUUUUGUUCAGUUAUCUCUGAUUUAGUACCCACUUUAUCAGAUGCACCUGCUGUUUAAAGCAGAAGUAAUGUGAGGGAAUGAGGAACUGCAACUUACAAAGAAGUCACAGUUUCAGUUUAACACAAAUAGUACAGUUAAAAGACCUUUCCAAGCACCAUAACCACUACAGUUCACUGAAGUGGUUAUGGUACCAGGAGUGACCUUGCCCUAUUUGACAGUCAGUGGUCAAACCACUUUAACAACUUAUCUGGGUCCCACAGGGCCCCUGCAGCUGUCCUGCUGUGAAAUGUGUGGGUUUAAACCAGAUGCUUACUUUAUAACCUCUGCCUGCAGACGCUUCCACACACCAUGAUGACCUGGUCUGUACCAUGGUCCACAACCCCCAACAUGCCGUACAAAAUAAGUUUUCAUCCAUAUAUUUGCAAGCAGUUAGGUUAGCACAAUGUAUAGGUGAACUGUUAUACUGCCUACAAUUACCAAAUGAUGUUACACAUAACAAGUGCACUGUUAGAGAGUACAAGUUAUUUUCCAAACUUUGUUUGUGAACAUUGCAGUAAGAGACUUGGUAGGAUUAGCAGUGGUAUGCACAAAUAAAGCAAGUACACAACAGUUAGGAAGUGUAACAUAUUGCAUAUAAAACUAAUGCCAUUUUUCAUUUAAAACUAAACCUCUCAAUACGUUGCUUUUGUCCAACAUUGAACAGCACAGUACAUCUUCCUUUUAGUCAUCCUGCUAUGUGGCUCCUGCAAUUUAGUCAUGUGAAACAUCUUGUCAUCAUACUAAUCUCGGUCAAUUAUAUGGCAUUUUAUGCUGGAGUAUAAUUACUUCAAGUAAGCAGUGAAUCAAUGCCAAUACAAACAGCAGAUAUAUCACAUAAAUGUUUGGGCAUGUUUAUUUAAACAUUGUGUUUUUAGUUGUGAUGCUACAUGUGAUUUCAUAAGGGUGAUAUCUUUACAUUGGGAAAUAAUUUCUCUGUAGAACACCUGAUUUCUUUGCUUCUUAAAUAGACUAACAAGGAACUCUUCUUUUUAAUCAGAAUCUUGUAUUUGUGUGAAUUUUGUGUACAUCUCCAGUGUCUGUAAAUCUUUCAGGAUAAUACCCACACAUUCCAUCCAGUUAUCCUAUCAUAAAACAAAGUAUAGACUAUUUUGUCGUAUGUAUUUUUCUAAUGCUUGACAAAAGGUGGAGCUACCAUUGGUAAAGCUUAUUAAAAGGGGUAAAAGCUGUCCCUGUGGACGGUCUUUCAUAGACAUUAGUGUUCUCCUCUUGCGCAAGCACCAGUAGCUGAGGAAGACUUUGAACAAAAUCGUGGUGCCCAUGAAUGGCAGGUUAAGGUAAGUAAAACUACCUUUCUCUACUCCAUGGCCACCAGAAUACAAGCUGAGCAGUCUCCAUAUGGGGUUUUUGCUAAAUAUGCAAAGAUCACAGAAGUUGAAAGAGCUGUUUUGAACUCUAAAAUAUAGUGAAUUAAAGCGAAAUGGCAAAAUUCAAGUUUAAAUAUAGCUUAAGCUGCGACUAUAGCUGUGAUAGAGAAUUGUUCCAGAGCAGCUAUUUUACAUUGUUUUGCUAUUCAGUUUUUUUCUAAAAUCCAGUGCUUUGUCCCCAUUACCUGGUUCUCACACAGGAUUUUUAAUUAAAUUUAGAAUUUUAUAAAAAUGAUCACAUUUGGUAAAAUUGAGGCUAAAAUAGCUGUAGUGGAAAAGCUGUUGUCUCUAACUCGGCUAUAGUCAUAGCGUGGCUAUUUAAAAACGUUUAAUUACUCAAACCUGUUUAAAACUAUAAUGUUCUCUGUAUUUAUAUUUAUGAUCCUCCACCCCUCGCAAUCUAAUUUUAUUUUUUUAAAAGGGGCAUUACUCCAGGUUGAAGUGGUCUGGAUGCCUCUAGUGUCUCUUUAAGCCUGUUUUGCAAUUCAGAUUUUAUUUGCUAAUAUUUGUGAGUAACCCUGACAGUGUGGUGCUUCCAUGAUGCUAAUGAUAGAAAUAUCCAAGUAUAUCCGCUGUCAGUUCAGAAAGGAAUGUCCAGCUGCUUAUCAUAGGAGAGCAUCACCAUUACAUCCCUUCAUAGUGGUUAUGGUGCUAGUAGGGUGCCAUUACCUAGUUCUGGGUAAAAACAUUUUUUACCAAAAAGGAGGUCCUAAGGCCCAUCUUCUGCUUGCUUUAUUGCUAAUAUGGAAGCUUCUUUUGUGCUGAUUUAAAUAUAGACACAAACUCAGAUUUCAUAACUAACGGACAAAACUUCUCAUACAAAAAGGUCAUCUGUUUGGAGAGAGAGCAUACUCUACUUUGUCCAUUUCAUAGACAAACUGGGUGAGUUAUUUGGUUAUGUCCUGUAACAAUCUAUUCCUAACCAGAUACUCUUGUAUAAUAAGUUAAACAUUAGGAAUAUAAAUCAUGACACAUCUUCUACAAUAGUACAGUUUCUUUUAACAUGAAUGUGACUGUAAUGUUAAUGAAACACAAGCAUGAUCAAUGAGGACAGUAUCCCAUGGGUUGUUCACGCUCUAGCAUUGAAUGCUUUGAGGCAAUAAGUAUUGUAAUGUUCACCAACUUUACCGUCUCAGAGCUAGCAGUGAUUUGAAUAUUACUUGUAAAUAUCUACGUUGUGACUCAUUCCAGUAACAGGAAUUUUAAUUAGACCUAACCGUCCUGUUCGGGCCUAGUUGCAGACAGGCUGUGAUAUACCUGCUUGAGAAAACGUUUUAAAAAUAAGUGAGUAGGGUUCUGUACACACACGCCCCCUGCUUAUAUUCAUUUUGGUGUAUAGCAUUUCUUUUUAUGUAUAGCCAUACUUAUUGAGAAAUUUUGUUUUGUUCUAAUUUUCUCCAUUUAGAUGCCAUUCCUGGUGCUGAUCAAAUUAGGAUAACACCGUCCUUAAAAAGCCAGAAAGGAGCCGUUUGGACAAAAACUGCACCAAGCUUUGAGAACUGGGAAGUGGAAGUAACAUUCCGAGUAACAGGACGGGGUAGAAUAGGAGCUGAUGGAUUGGUAUACCAUAUCAUACUUUUUUACUUGUUCUAUCCCAGAGCAGCUGCUUUUCAUUUUCCUGAUCUGUGAUCUCUGUAUUGUUUUGCAUACAGGCCAUUUGGUACACGACACACCAAGGGUUGGAAGGAAAUGUAUAUGGAGCUGCUGAUUCCUGGAAUGGCCUUGGUGUUUUCUUUGAUUCCUUUGACAACGAUGGAAAGGUUUGUUUGGUUUGCUCCUGCACUUUGAUACUUAUUUGUACCUUGGAACAACUCUGAUUAAAUGAGUUUGUUUGCUCUGCACUUGGUGUAGAAACUGUUGAUACAAUUUCAGUUUUCUGUGCAUGUUUGUGCACUCACUAAAUAUAUAGUCGUGCACAGGGGGCCUUUAUUAGGAUUCAUUUAUUUAACAAUUCUUAUAUAAAUCCCUUAUCCACAGAGCUUUACUUAGAAUAACAAAUUAUACCGUUAUUGAAAAUAACAUUUUUAAAAUAGUAAUUGAGCAGCAAUAUUGUUGGAUUAAUUAACUGGUUUACUGAACAUGGCAAAUCAAUGUCUUUCCAUAUGUUCUGCAUCUUUGUUAAUGGUACAUAUUCAAUUCUCACAGCUUAUUUUGAGGACAAGGAUAAGUUAAACUGUAUGCUGUGAAGAAGCACUCCGUUUAUGCAUAAUCUCUCAUUUGGUGGUAGUUUGAAAUAAAAUACAAUUAAACAGCUUUAGUGUGAUAUUUCUAAUGUCCUUGCAUUUCCAGCAGAUCAUACUACAGAACAUCUCAAUCACUCAAGGUUGUGUUAUUAUAUUUCCUUAUCAUUGGCUUUUAAUAGUGAAUAUUACAUUCUUUGCAGGGACAUGGCUAGACAUGUUUAAGAUGUGUAUGUUAAAGGUGUACUUCCAUGGUAAUAUAUAUUAUACUUCCAAUUAUUGUCAAAUGCUUUUAGAACAAAAUAGAUGUCAGAUUUCAUGUAUAACAUCUGAUAUUUGUCACAUAUUACUUGUGUCUGAAUUUUUACUUAAAUGUGAUGUUAAAGUUCCAUUUACAUUGCUGUGAAAGUUAUUUAAUCAUCCAUACCUACUCAAUUAUGCAUCUAUCUGUGUAGGCCUCACUCUUUUCAGAAUUGGCUCAAGGGUAAUUCCAUGUCAAAUACACAAAAUAGUUCUUUCUGCCACUCUUUGUAAAGAAAACCGAAAUAGUUUAAUUUAAAAAAACAAAACUCAUGUGAUAUAAGCAGGUUUUGUUGCAAGAAUGGCAUAAAAAUGUAUUCUCGGGGCCUUUUUGAUUGUCCAUAACUUAUUUUCUGUAAGAGCUAUACAGCACCCCAUGGUGUCUUUGGAAAGAUCAUUAAUUGUUUGUGCUUGACACAAAUAACUUGUUGAGUCUAUGAAAUGCUAUGGAUGUGUAACUCUAGCUAAACAGACCACUGUUCUCUACAAUUUUAAGCCUUUAAAGUUAGUUCUGAUGGACUCCCUUUAUAUCCCUUUACGGCAACCAACAGCACUUAAAUACCUAGGGAUUAAAAUCCCCAAAACAUCUCCCUCCUUUACAAAUGGGAACAUCCUUCUCAUACUCGUAUCUAUUUAAAAAUAAAAAAUGGAGCCAUUUCAAAAAUUACAUCUCUCAUACAUAUAAAUAAUCUAUAUAAAUCAAGUAGCUUCCCAAAGCUGCUGUACUCCUAUCCCUCCUUUCCAAAAAAAAAAAAAAAUGCCUUCUGAACAAGAAAAUUAAGACAUUUCUUUAGCAAGGGUCGAGAGCUCCACUUAGUUUGACUAAACUUAAUAAUAAGACCAAUGAGGGGACUUAACCCUUCAAACGUUAAGGAAUAUAGCUUGGCAGCUCAACUCCAGCACAUACAAAGCAAAGAUUUUUUGAUCUGCCCUUGGAGUCCUUUCUGGUGCUGCCUGACUUCCUCCAUAGGCCACAUAAUUUUGUUUCAGAUGGUCCUCUCAAAUACUCUGGAAGCUGUCCUUCUGAGGGCUUGGAGAUGAUCUUAUUAACAUAAGGUGUGAAUACAGUUCUUUUGUGUACUUCAGCAGCCAAAAAUGUCUCCCCCCUUCAGAGAAUUGGGAGCGUUUCCCAGGCCUUCCAUUAACAUGGUUUGCAUACUUCUAGGUAUGACAUUAUUUCCAAACAUCAAAACAACACCUUAUGCCUGUUGACUGGGAUAACCCCCUGUACACUCUUAUGUACCUCUAAUAAAGCUUUUUACUUAAUCUUAAACUUAAACAAAGUCUUAGGGUACAAACCAGAUUGGACCACGACCCAAACAAGCUUGGGGAAGUGGAAGUCACAUUUUACUGAUAUAAAUACAAAGUACCUCCCUAUUGCACACUACACCCAGAGUCAACUAUUUCCCACGGUCUCCUAUUGAGUCAUGUUCCUAAACAAUGCACAUUGCGCCUAUUAUUCCCCUCCCUGCCUCCAUCUAAUGGCUAGAAGGGAUUCAGCGACUUGUUUCAAAUGCGCACAUACAAAUGCAGACCUAUAUCACUACCUAUGUGAGUGUACCCUGAUAAAGUCCUUUUGAAGGGAACUAAACAGUACCUAGAAACUCAUAACAUGCCCUCUUUCCCAUGUUUCUCUUAUUUGGGCUGCUCCCAGGUAUUCCUAUACCUCACAAAUGAUUCUUAAAGGGACUCCAUGGUCACUAAGAUAACAUAAGCUUAAUGAAGCAGUUUUAGUGUAUAGAUCUAUAGAUCAUGCCCCUGCAGUUUCAGUGCUCAAUUCUCUGCCGUUUAGGAGUUAAAUCACUUUUAUUUCUGUUAAUGCAGCCAUAGCCACACCUCUUCUGGCUGUGACUGACUGACACAGCUUGCAUGAAAACAAAAUUGGUUUAAUUUUCAAUCAGAUUAAAAAAUGUAUAUCGCCUGCUCCGUAAAUUGAACUUUAAUUAGAUACAGGAGGCUCCUGCAGGCUCUAGCAAGCUGUUUACAGCGCUGGAGGUAAGAAAUUACAAUUUAAACAGAAUUUGCAAUAAAGGAAGUGUAAACAUUAGAUGACUCUUUACAGGAAGUGUUUAGAAAGGCUGUGUAAGUCAGGGAUGUGUGUCUAGGGCUGCAUAAACAAAGCGGUCUAAGUCCUAAAUUGAGCAGUUUGACUGGAGGGGCAUGAUCUAUACACCAAUACUUCUUCAUUAAGUUAAAUUUGUUUUGGUGACUACAGUGUCUCUUUAACUAUAAUAGCGGCAGUGGGACAUAAGACUAUACUUCAGGAAUGGAAUCAUCUGUGUGCACCACCUUUGCACUUAUUUUUAACCAAACUCUGUUGGUGAACAUGGAUUGGCUGAGCAAUUUAACUAAUAAAGAAACCCUAGGCAAAAAAUUCUUCCAGACAUUGAACUCUUAAAUCCUUACUCUGGGCAGUACUUUCCAGUCUAGAAUUAAGGCAACCCUGGAGUACACAUAGCAGUGAUCACGGGUUGUGACCCUUUACAAAAUAUAUAGGAGUCACAGCCAUUGAGCAAUGUGGCAUAUUUGUAUGGCGGCAAGGAAAGAGUUAAAUUGCCUUGUAGUCAUGGAUACACAGAAUCCAAGGAAGUUUUAUAAUAUUUGCUGUUGGGAAUCUGGGGAGAAGUGAUGACUCUGCUGUUGCUGGAGCUGGCCUGGGAUUAGGUGAAGGUGCAGGAAGCUGGAAAAAGAAGAAAUAAAUGCAGCCGUGCUAGUGCAAUACUGUCCACGGUUACUGAGGCAGCAGGAGCCCCAAGAUUGAGACAUGCCCAUCACACAAGGUUAUCCCAAACCCCACGAUUAAAACAUGCCUAUUACACAAGAGCUCAUGGCUCCUCCAAACCUUUCUAGUCACAAUGCAAAUGCUUUUCUUCCUCGAGGGGAGCAACGGAAUGGAAUGCGUAGUUGGCUGGAUCGAGAGGUGAUUCAUUGUUCUAUGAUUAGAAUCCCUUCUUUGAAAUUGUUCAACAUUCGGAAUAUAAAAAAAAAAAUCACAAACAUUGCGCACCAGGAUUUUUCCUAACUUUUCAUACUGAUAAUUGCUUAUUGAUUAUCAGUGAAUCUGAAAAUCUGACAUUCUAAAUAAAAGCACAUUUCCAAGGGAUACAAAAGUUAUACUUGGAGUAUAUUGUAGUUUGAAUGAACAUUUAUUAUUCUUAAGUAAUGCUGUCGAGACAAAUUGUUACUUUCUGGCUAGUUUCUGCACCGAUGUUGAUGUUCGCCCUGUAGUCAUCAUGAGCUCCAAUGUUGAGAGUUGGAUGUGCUCUUAUUUCUGUUCUGGUGGACCUAAAAUUUAAAAUUCACAUUGAAUUCCAAUUUAAACAUUUUGUUUACAAAUCCUAGAGGAAGCUGAUAAAAUGUUUUUUGUGGUAGUGCUUCGUUACUUAGAGGUGUAACCAAUUGUGUGAUUAUGUGUUAAAAUCAUUUAAUGUUUUAAACAUGCUUGAACAGUCACCUUGUAAACUAGAUAAUUGUUUUGCAUAAGAAGACAGAAUUUGAUGUGGUUAUUUUUCUUUGUAGAAAAACAAUCCUACAAUCUUGAUUGUGGGCAACAAUGGGAAACUUCUUUAUGAUCAUCAAAAGUAAGUGUUUGCUCUGGCUAUUCAUGUAAAAUUUAUAGUUGAUAUCUAUUGCAUUAUAAGAUGUAAUAUUUUGUACUUUCAGGAAAAGUAAAAUUCAUUAACCACUUAAAAGCAUAAUUUAGUAAUAGAAUGACAUGCCAGGUGUAGGUGAAAGGAAAACUUCUACCACAAGAAUCAUUACCGUCCAGCUGUGGUGGUUUUGGUGCCAGUCCCUUGGCACCUUUCCAGGGUAAUCUCUCAAACCAUACUUAGAUCAGUCCACCUUCUUCUUCAAAUUGCAUUGAUCCCACACUUGAGGUCUCCUCCUCUUGCAAGGAGACUGCUGAAACAAGCAGAACCCAGGUAAAUGGUCAAUCACUUUUAAAAUGGUUUUAUAAAUCAUUCUGGCACUCUUGGCACCAUAACCACUACAGUGUUUUUUUUUACAUUGUGUGUUUUUUCUAAAGCUGGUACAGUAUUGUUCAAGAUGUUUGUAUACAGGGUAAAUUGCCUGAUUAACAUUACUUCUUUUAGUACUCUGGGAUCUUCCUGUAUUUACAUAAUACAAUCUAGAAAUCCCCUGGGAAAUUGGAAAGGUUGUUCAUGUUGUAAUUUCAAGGUUGAGCCAAUGCCUUUCUGUUGUCCUUAUUUAUUUAACUCAGAUGUGUAAAACUGCGGUCCCCCCAAUAUUUUGUAUUUUAUUAUAAUAUUGCCAUAGUCUGGCAUAGAAGAUGUAAUCUGACACCAUCCCUGUUUUAAAAAGGCACUGUAAGCAAUAUAACCUCUACAGGCUGUUGUACAGCUUGUAUUGCUAAAAGUCUACUGGCACCUUCUCCCAGUUUUAACGCUUAACUGUUUAGGAACAUGUGAUAAACCUGGCUUCCUUCUGGCACCCAGACGCAAUCCCCCCUUAGCCGCCUUGAUAAUGAUAUAUUAAAAAACGGAAUUGUUAACAUUUUGCUAAGAACCUGUCUCUAUGAUGUCUGUUCUCUCAAUUUGAAAUAGCAAGGCAUCAGUUUAAAAAUAAUGUAUUUAUUUUUAGUUAGGGAGACAUUUAAAUAUAGGUUUGUUUGCUUGGCUGUUUUUGCUGAUAAUUGUGGAGUUUCACAUUUUUAUCUUUUUCUUUUUAGUGAUGGCGCCUCGCAAGCACUUUCAUAUUGUCAGAGAGAUUUCCGUAACAAGCCAUACCCAGUUCGAGCAAAGAUUACAUACUAUCAAAAGACCUUAACAGUAAGUAAUGUUAGUCAUAUGACACCAUUCUGUUUAAUAUGAUGGCAUUACUAACCAAUGCAUAGUUAAGAUGUUUUUUUUUCACUAAACCUUAGACUUCCAGCUUCUGUAGACUACAUCUGCCUGAGAAUCAUAGUCUGCUUAAGUUGUAGUUUGAAAGAUUUGGAAUCACAAUGUGUUAAACAAACACCCAUUGACACAUCCUUUUGAAAAUUGUCUGAUACCUAUCAAUGAAAUGGACAUUAGGGGGUAAUGUUAAACCUUUAGCAGGGUAUCUACAUCUGUAAUUUUCUGGAUUUGUAUGCAAAAUACACCAUCCAUGGUUUAUAGGGCAAGGUUUUUUUUUUUACAUUUAAAUAGCCCACUUAAUGUAGCUUUUUAGUUUUAACAUAUAAGUAUUUUUUUUUUUUCUUCAUAUAUCACAAGUAGUGAUGUCCCGAACGGUUCGCCACAGACUCAUCAUUGAGUAAACUUUGACCCUGUACCUCACAGUCAGCAGACACAUUCCAGCCAAUCAGCAGCAGACCCUCCCUCCCACCUCCUGGACAGCUCACUAAGAAUGCAGCUUCACAAUGAAUGUAAAAUGGAUGCUGUCCAGGAGGUGGGAGGGUCUGGGAGGGAGGGUCUGCUGCUGAUUGGCUGGAAUGUGUCUGCUGACUGUGAGGUACAGGGUCAAAGUUUACUCAAUGAUGAGUCUCGGCGAACCGUUCGAGACAUCACUAAUCACAAGCUUUCGGGUGUAUGUAUGUGUGUGUGUGUGUGUGUAUGUAUGUGUGUGUAUAUAUAUAUAUAUAUAUAUAUAUAUAUAUAUGUGUAUAUAUGUAUAUGUUGUGGUUUUUUUUUCUGUAUAUUGAGUACAAAGAUGUAUUCUGUAUUAAUUUAAUAUUGGUCUUUUUUUCAAAGCCGGUCCUUUGAAAGUAAAUGGUUUAAAGGGACACUAUAGUACAACUACAACUUAAUGUAGUUGUGAUGUCUAAAGUCUGAACCUUGCAAGCUUUUUAAUGUAAACACUACCUUUUCAAAGAAUAGGAACACCUGUAGUGGACACUCCUCAGACGGCCACCAGAGGUGCUUCCUGGGUAAGUGUUGUACUGUAUGCAGCACUGCUGUUCAGUGUGGAGAUGCUCCCCACAAAGAUGCAUUGAUUCAAUGCAUUUCUAUGAGGAGAUGCUGAUUGGCUAUGGUGAUGUUUAGCCCUGUCCCUCCUUGGCUGAGAUCAUCAAUCAAAAAGGCAGAUCGGGGGCAAGGCCAGCACCGGUGGACACACAGCACUAGAAAUAAGGUAAGUUUUCUUAUUAUUUAAGGGUGGCAAAGGUUGGGCCAGGGACCCUACAUGUGUUUUUAACACUAUAGGGUCAGGAAUACAAACUGACCCUAUAGUGUUCAUUUAAGCCUGAGAAAUAUGAUAUGUCCAUUUCAUCCAUGUGAACCUAGGUAUAAAUUUCGACAACAGAUCGUUACACUUUUGGACUCCUGGUGUAUUAUCUAUUCAGCUAAUAAGAAUUCUGUAAAGACUACUGUGACAUGUAUUUAUUUAUUUAUUUAUUUUUAUUUUAGUAUUGUUUUCGAUUUGAUUGUACUUUUUGAUUAAUUUGUUCUUCUUUACUUUACUUUUAGAUCAUGAUAAACAAUGGAUUCACACCAGACAAAGAUGACUAUGAGUUUUGUGCCAAAGUAGACAACAUGGUUCUUCCACCUCAAGGUUUUUUUGGCAUUUCUGCUGCAACUGGAGGCCUGGCAGGUUAUUGUCCUUUUUUGUGACUUGUAAAUAUACCAUAAUCUAACUCUAGUAGAUCAAAGCACCGUGCUUACCAUCAAAAAAUUUAAAAUUACAUUUUAAGUGAAACUCUAAGAAAUCUUCUGGUACUGUAUUAUAUAUUUUUAUAUAUAUUUUUUUUAACUAGGACACAAAACAAAAAUUUUAGGUAUCGCUAUUGUUAUAAUUGUGAUAAUGCCUCAGGAUGGCUUCUAUAAUAUGUGAACAUAUUCUAAUUACAAAAGUGUGAGGGCCUUUUACAUAUUUUUAUUUAUUUUUUAGUUUAAAAUAAAAUCUUAUGCUUUAAAGCCUUUUUACACUACUGACUCUUGCUCUAUUGAGUGGGAAUUUUUACAGUGAUUCAAGUGCUAGUGUGUGUUCACAAAUCCUGAUAUCAUAUGCAAGCCUGUGAGUCUCAAAAACUGUUCUUGAACGGGUUGAGACUUUGGAUUGUGCAUGACCCUAGCAGCUAAGUUCUACAUCAGACCAAAGAGGAUUUAAAGAUGGCUGUCCACACUGAGCAAGCGUAAGCCAGGAGCUUUACCUGAAAGUUAUUAACUUUUAUAUAUACACAUUACAAAAUAAUGCAAAACAGUGCUAAAUCACGUACAAACUUUUAUUUUCAAUUAAAGCAAAACAUUACACUUCCUAUUAACCCCUUAAGGACACAUGACAUGUGUGACAUGUCAUGAUUCCUUUUUGGUCCUUAAGGGGUUAAAGAAAUUCUUCAUUGCCUGAAACAAAAUGCUUUAAAAAUUGCUAUUUAGUAGAUAUACUCCCAAUGAAAACAUGCAUUUAUGUAUAUUUUUUUUUUUUUAUUGGGAGUAAAUUUAAAAACAGCUUGCAAAAGUUGCUGACCUAUUCUCUGCAGCCUUUACAAGCCCUCCUCCUUUCCCCAAGCACAGAAUGAAAUACUUCAAUCAUUGAGAGAUGUCUGUCCUGGAGCUUUGAGUAUACACCUGAUCACAGCUCAUUAAGAAGGCGCGAAGGUAUGCGCAUGCUAGUACAGUAAGCCCGCCACUUCCAUUUGCACGGUGAAGGUAAUCGAAAUGGAAGAAAACCUCCAUGGCUUUCUGAUUGACAGCUAGCAAGUUGUUUUUGUUUUGUUUUUGGGUUUUUUCUGCCCCCUAUUAUAAAAGUGCCAAUUUCUAUAGAAAUCAGCACUUUUAUGAAGUGUUACAAAUGUGACAGUCUGAACACACAUAAAGCACUUCAGGAAGUGCCUUAUAUGGGCCAAGUAUUCCUCUAAACGUGGAUUAUAAGUUUAAAACAGACCUUACAGUGGAACUCUGAUGCCAGUAUCUUCUUCAGUGAUCACUUGUGUGUGACAUUCUGCUGUUUGUUAUUGCUUUUGUUAUUAUCUAUAAAGUUCAAGCAUAUUUCUCAGCACUGUACAACGGGUGGACAAGACAAAAGGCAGCGUUGCCAAAUUAGGAUGAAAUUAAAAGGACGAGGUGGUUUACCUGUAGUAAGCGUAAUGUUUCUUGAUUUUAUUCCAGAUGAUCAUGAUGUGUUAUCUUUUUUGACUUUUCAAUUGACUGAACCUGGAAAAGAAGCGGUAAGUUACUACCCACGUUGUUUUUUUGUUUGAGUAUAACGGAUCAUGGUUCUUUGUGGUCUUAUUGCUUGACAGCUUCAUGUUAAUGUUUUAAGGGCUAUUCCAAUAAUCAUAACACUACAGCCUGCCAGGAGAAACAUGGCCAAGAUCAAUGGUAAUGAGGCAAACUGUUUAGUGGCUCCCUGGUGGUGUGGUCUGACAAGCUUCUGGCUUCUGCAGAGUUGCGAAGUCACAGCCAUCACCAUUCAUUGGCUGAGUGCAUCAGCUGACUGUUCUCAGCCAAUGACUGGCAUUCUGUGUAAUGAAAGAUGCACAGAUCUUCAGUUCCGACAGUAUUAUAGGGGCUAAACUACUAAAACACCGCACACACAGACUCCAGUCACCAUGACCACUUUAAAUCAUUGCAAUGCUGUUAAGGACCUAAUUGUACAUUUUGCUAUCGUCACAAUCUGACAAUUUGGUCCAUAGAACCCAUGAAGAAUUAUUUCAUUCUGUUUGGUAAUAGGACUCUUAAAGAACAGGUUAUUUUUGACUGUCUUUGUUCCUUAAGGGAUUCAUUAACCUACUGUUUUAUGAUUGUUGGUGAAUAAAAUUAUCUUAAACUGUACUUAAAAUAAACUGCCCCCCACACGCCAUGUAAAAGAUGAUUUUACCUUCCUCUUGCAUAUGUAUGUAAACCUUCCAGGGUGCUCUUUAUUGUGAACAUUUGAGGUACCUUUAAUUACAGUGUAUCUUUUUUGAGAUGUAAGAGUGCAAUAAUCUGUAUGACAAAUUGUCAAAAUGGUAGUAGGUAUCUGUCAUAGCUUUCUAGUUGAAGCUGUGAAGUUACAGAUUUAAGGAAUAAUUGUUUUCUAUGUACAUAAUCUAAUACUUAUCAGAUAAGCUUCUAAGAUUUUAUUGUGGGCAAACAAGACAGACAAGUUUUUACAUAAAACCUAAUUUAUGGUGGCAAUAUAACAUGUAUAUGUAUGUAUUGCUGGGUAAAUGGUUUUACAUAAAAUAUAAGACUUGUUUUUAAAGUGUUAUCGAGACAUUAUUCCCACGUGGCAGAUCUAUGGGCUAGCAUCUUUCUGCAAGCCCUUCUUGUAACGGUUGUAUUUGAAGGUGGAAAAAAUAAAGUGUCUGAAAAUCUAAUAAUUCUGUGUGAAUCCAGCCCCCACAAGGCGGAGAGAUCCCAAGAGAAGAACAAGAUAAGUACCAAGAAGAGUUUGACAACUUUCAACAAGAGCUGGAUAAGAGGAAAGAGGAUUUCCAAAAAGACCACCCAGAGGCACAGGAACACCCAGGCAUGUGCCAGCAAACCUUCUUAUUAACCUUUCAGUGUUGCUACAUUGCUGCUUUUAACACUGCUCAUUUCAAAGCGCUGACAAAACAAGUUUCUAAUUUAAAUGAAAAUAAUAUUUAGUGCACUUUUAGUGUGACUGUAACCCCCCAGACCAACAGCAUACUGUAAGCAUUAUUCUAGUUUAUUCAUACAGUAGUGUUUACCUUGUUUUAUAUGAUCAGCGAGUGGGAGGAGGUAUAGAAUCCCAGGUUUUGGAAUGUGUUUGCAGACAGAACAGGUUAUGAUGCAAUAAACUUGGCUGUGCUGCAGUGAGAAUGUUCUGUCAAUAAAGGACAGCAUUAUCUUAUGGUGCACAUUUUUAUGUGUUUAAUUGUUAUUUUAUUAUUUAUAGUGGACGAUAUGUUUGAGUCUGUAAAUGACCGUGAACUAAGACAGAUUUUUGAAGGCCAGAACCGCAUCCACCUUGAAAUCAAGCAGCUGAACCGACAGUUGAAUAUGAUUUUGGACGAGCAGCGAAGAUAUGUUAGUGCCGUGACUGAUGACAUUGCCAAGAGAGGAGGAAGUGGCCCUGGGCAACAUGAACAGGUUGGAAAAUAAACAAAACAGUGCUGUUUGCACUACAGGUCUUGUAGAGUCGCACUAAACUGCAUAUUUCAUUUCACUUCCAGAUUUCUCAACAGGAACUUGAUUCGCUGGUCAAUGCUCAGAGAGACAUUUUAAAGCAAGUUGGUGAAAUGAGGUAAGAAGCAAUGACUAUAUUCUCUCAAACCUUAUGUUAUUCCUAUAGUAAAAAAAAAAACAAAUUAUAGCAACCCUGUAUUGGCGAGUUUUGUGUCAAUAGAUCUUAUUUGAAGAAGUGUCCCUUAUUUUAUUAUAUCUUUUUUUUUUUUAGCUGAAAUAAUAUUGGUAGAAGGUUUUGCGGUUUAUAUCUGAUUGCCAUCAGCACUGCACUUUUAGGUGUUGCCAUAUGCCAUUGGGCACAUAGCUUGUGUGCUGUUGGUAUAAACAUUGUGAAAACAAUAAUACAUUUGGUGACCGUAAACUUUUUUUAGCUACAACUGGGAUUGUAACUUCUUGAACUGUAUACUUUAUCAUUUUUUUUUGUAUUUGUUUUUUUUGUCAUCUAAUUGUACGUUGUAUUUGAUAGGUUAGAACUUGGCAUCCUAUGAUAAACCUGUAGUUUUACCUUAUCAACUUAAAAGAUUAAAAACAGUUUAUAGUUUCCUUUGUAAUUAAUGAGGUUUUGUGUUAGCACCUCAUGGUUUUCACUGGACAGAUCCUCAGCUCACAUAUUGUAUGUUUGUAGAACUGUUUUUUUUUCUAUUGCUGUUUCACCAUAAUCAAACUGUACAGUGCUACGGAAUAUGUUGGCACUUAAUUAGGAAUAAUUCUAAUGUAAUACAAUUUUAAACUAGUAGGACCGCUUGGCUCUUAUGUCCCAUUUACUACAGAGUUGAUUAAAUUUUACAAUACAACAUGCAUCGGUAGAACAUGUAAUAAGGGCAAAACACUGCAAAUUUUCAUGAAUUGGAAUUUGAUUUAUAGAAUAGUUAGGAAUUCUUGCUAAUAAAAUGUAGGCCUUUGAAAUGAUUGCAAGCAUUACGUAGAUGCUAGACAAUGAUUACUUUCCCAAUACUCUGUGAUUCAGCUUGUGGACCAGACUUUUCAAAUUCUGUGAAUUGAUUAGAACUGCUUUCAUUUUAAAUAGGAGAGAAUGAGGGUUGGCUCACUAAAAAGAAUGAUGUGAAUAAGCAAUCAAGAGGCAAAAUGUGAAGCUAAAGUAGCUCCGUUGGAGAUUCAUUUCCAACUCUGUUAACUGCGAAAUGUAGGUUUUGUAUUGAGCAGGUCCUUCUUUUUGGUGGCGCUUGAGUGUUUCUUUGUAGAGCUGUUUUUCUAUAAGAUGAGGCUGGUCCUGAUCAUAUAUACUGGACAAUGCUCUAAGUAGGUCAGCUGUUGCCUGAAGAUUAUGGUAGUUUUUUUUUUUUUUUGUUUGUUUGUUUUUUUUUUUCCCUGGGAAGCUUCUGCUUUAAUAUUCUUCACAAAUCUUUAUUCCAAAGACCGCAAAUUAGAUUUACCAGUUAAAGUCUCUAGCCUUGGUCUUAUUUAAUAUUUGUUAUGCGUUCACUUAAACUCUUCUUAAUAUGCUCUGCUUAGAUUAAAGAAGAAUUUCAGCAUCUUCUCUGAAAUGAACAGUCCUUCACAUGUUUAUUGUUGCUCAUAUGAUUUAUUGUCACUUAUCCUUCCUUAGAGCAAUAAGUAAUUUUCUUGUGCAGAUUUAUGGAUUUCUUUACUAAUCUUCCGAUUAUGAACUGCCAGUUUUGAUAUGUUCUUUAAGAUUUAAGAAUAACCAUUAAUAUUUAUGAUUUUGUUUUGUUCUUUUUAGAGCCAAAUUAAUGUGUUAUGCUGUUUAACUAUAUUCUUUCUGUGUUUGUUUUGUAACAAAUGUAGUGCCUGCUUUGUUUAUUUUAAGCAUUGUAUUGAUAAAAAUCCUUUGUCUGCAAGAGCCUUCCUUUCUCUUUUUAUUAACGGAGAAACAAAAAUAGGAAUUUUGAUUGAUCACCAAAAACAAUUAUUUUUCAAUAAUGCUGCAGUGGAAAUGACAUAAAUUUAUUCAAAAUACACAAAAUGGAAAGUGAGCGCGCGCACACACAGCAGACCACUGUAGAUAUUUAAAGAUUGCUUAAAAUUUCCCAUAUUUAGUGAAAACAGAUAUUUGGUAGCUGAAAAUGGACCAUACUGUGUAAAGCCUGCAACAGUAUCAUUUUACCUUAGUAAUGGUGGAUUCUAACUGAAUUGUAACAUACAAUAUACACUCUCUGAUGUUCCUGAUUUUUGUGAGUUGUGAGUCUGGAACAUUUUACAUUUCUUUAACAUAUUCCAGAUAAACUAAAUCCAUUGGGGAAUUGAUAGUUCUAUAUUAUAUUAUUUUUAAUUCGUAUUUAUUUUGUACAAAUUCUUUUUAGAUCUCCUUUCACUUUAGCACUGCAAGUCAAAAUAAUUUUAUUAGUCCACUUAUUAAACAUAAUAUACUUGUUGUAUAUAUUAAAAGAGCUGAAAUACCUGCCACUGUAGUCAGCACUAAAUAUAAUUUCUAGCGAAAUGUUUUAGAAACAUUAGUACCAUUGUGGGUGCCCAGAAUAAAGAUCACGUAAUGGUAAUUAAAGUUGACUCCAACCUCAUGCAGCCCUCAGUGGGUUAAUUUGACUACUGAGCCCAAAUAAAUAACCAUCCAGCAUGCUUUUAAUGGUUGCCUAAUAAUAGUCAGUGAAUCUAAUUAGGGUACAGACCAUGUUUAAUAGUUCCACAAAUGCAGCAUUGUAUGUUUUAAGCAGUCUCUCCUGUGCACACAGGUUAUUUACAGUGUUUUUGGGAAAAUAAUUUGCUUUGUUUAGCAAGGCAACCAAAUUGUACAAUGACUUCUAAAUAUUCAGUAGAUCCUUAAAUAGAGCAUUUUGGUAUUUAUUUAUUUUUUAAUUAUUAUUAUUAAGGAGAAGAAUAAGCUUUUAAGAAGCAAACUGUUUCUAGGGUUAUUUUCCAUUGUGUCCUUAGCCAGAAGUAGUAAAGGGAUUAAAUUGCACAUGAUGAUAAAUAUUCUCGUUGUAGUCUUUAAUCCUCUUUACAACAAGAAAGACGCAUCACAGUGCUGGGAAAAUGAUACCAGCAUAUUGAUUAAGGUGCAUGUUUGUGUUCUUAUCUGAUCACUUUACUGAUCCCUGUUAGAGGCCUGGUUUCUAACCUUCCUCUGAGUUUUAAUUUGAUUUUGUGUUUUUCUUCUAUUGGGAUAACAGAAUGAAAACACACAAAAAAUAUUUCAGCCUCGCAACAGCACAUAUGGAGGGAAGAGUUUGGUCUUAUGUUUCAAUGUAAUCUUGAACCUUAGCUUGAAGCUCUCCUUAUCCUUAAGCCUCUUCAUUUCUUGCACAACUGCAUUAAUUUCUUUUGGAGAGCUUUGCACAUCUCGAGAGGCUAGUGCUAUAUAGGUUUUCUGUAAAUCAAAAGGAACAUUUAUAUCAACUUCCGAAACAAACAUAAAAUAUAAAUCAGAACAUGUCCUGUCAAUGUAUUGCGCAUAUAUAUGCGCAAUACAUUGACAGGACAUAAUUGUAAAAAAAUUAUAAAAAAAAAAAAAAUAGUAUAAAAAGGGGUUUUUAGAACAUCACUUAUUUCCAUAACACACGCCUCACAGUUAUAUAUUCUCUAUACACAUUCCCCUUCACAAUCCUGGGUUAUACUUUGUUUUUGUUUUGUUAUUAAUGUAAAGUCUAUAUUUGUUAUUAUUGUUAAAAAUAGAGGAUGGCAUUACUUUUACCUUGUACAUGAAAGCAUUUCUUUUAUUUUUUAAUAAUUUUAUUUUUCGUAGAGCUAGGGUUAGGCUAUACACAUGAAGAGAAGCACAGCGUUUCUCACUCACUAGUGAGCAUAAUUAGUGGUUGCUCUACUGGAGUGUGGCUUUCCUCAAUCUGAAACCAGGGCUUUCUCUAUUAGUGAUGGAUUUCACUCUCUCUCUAUAUUUACAUUUAUGUACAUGGUUUUUAGUAAAGACACUCGCAGAGAGUAUAGUGGUACCAUGAAUCUAGGAUGAAAUUAAAGGAACACUGUGACUUUACCAUUAUUUUCAUUUUAAUGUUGGAGUGUUAUUUAGGACAUUUAAUUUUACUAAAUCUUUGUGUAUUAAAAAAGUAAAAUCCAUAAAACUUGCAUGUAAUCCAGUACCAAGACAGCCUCCACUCUGUAGCCUAAUCUGCCUAGUGUGAGAUCAGCAAUAUCUGGUCCACUCAAAUCCAUUUAGAAACAUUGCAGGCUACAAUGUAUUAUGUAAUAUUUUCUGCCUUGCUCUGCCAAUCCAGUGCUUCUCUUAGAGAAGCAUUAGCCACAUUUAACAUCAUCAUGCACAGCCCAAACAUGAAGAUGGGCAAAAGUUGAAUAUUUUACAGAGAGUUUUCCCAACGCCAGUAAUCUUGUAGAAAUAGAACCUUUCUAUCUAAAAUGUUGCUGAUGUAGGACCUACUGUCUCAUCAAAUAGGUUUCACAAAAUAACAGAUGACACCAUUUUAGACAUCACUAUUUAUUUGCCGAACAUGAAAUUAUAAAACAAAUAGAAACCUUUUUGCAAAAAUAGCUGAUUUGGGGAGAAAAAUCUCAACUGUUGUCACAUCUUUGCUAUUUCUACCUAUAUUUUGCAGUUCUAUACAAUUUUGUGUUUAGUGAAUGCACUGUAUUGUGGGGAUAUAAGCGGUUGUUUAUCACACAAUGCAUAAUCUGUGUAGAUAUAUUUUACCAAUUGUGAGGUGUGUUUAAAAAAGCAAACACAAAAAAAACAGCCUGCAGUGUUUAAAAGAAUUACAUAAAUAUGUGCAAUUCCAAAAAAUAGGGCACUGCUCCAGAAUUGUGGAAGAGAUCUUUAUUUUUUAUUUUUUUUUUUAUUUUUUUUUACAAUACCACACUUUAAGAUUUGUUAUUCAUGAUGUAUUUAACACAAGUAAUAUUUUCUAAAUAUUUAUUUGCUGAGUAAUUUCACCAAAUGUCUGUUUGCAGAAAUUCAAUGACUGAAACCUUACGUCUUGCUGGGGGAAAUCAACACUUGGGCUCUGCUGGCUACGAGACCACACAGCACUUCAAUGACAUAAAAGAACAUCUUCAUGUAGUGAAAAGAGACAUUGAGCAUCUUGUGCAGAAAAACCUGGUAAUGUAUAUUACAUGUGCAUCUAUCCCAUGAGAGGCAAUAGAUCUGAAAGCAACUUUGUCAACAAAGUUUCAUCCAACAAAGUUAUAGUAAUGUUAGCGGCAAGCACAACCUUUGUGUAUUUGAAUUCCCCCUUGUUCAGGGAGAUAUAUAUAUAUAUAUAUAUAUAUAUAUAUUUUUUUUAGAUUUUAGUCAUUUUUAAGCCAGGCUACUACUGAUUUAAAUUAAAUAUGAACGUGUGUUGACCGCAGCUGAUUUCAACCUUGGAUUUCCAUGGUAGGAAAACUAAAAAACAAACAAGCAAUAAAAGGCGCUAAAAGUGCUUAGUAUAAAAUUAAUGUAAAAAUAAUAAAAGUGUAGCAGCACCUAAAAGUGUUCAAGCUCAUAAAACUCCAUACAUAAAAUCCAAAGCAAAAAUAGGUGUGCUGUACCUUUAAAUAUUAGUGCAAAUAGUGCAAUAAUUUGUGCAAAAACACAAAGUGUAUAUACAAUGUAAUCACAUUCAGUGUAACAUAAGUGCAAAAUUGCCAAUGUGAUGGUGGAAAAAAUUCAAUAUCCAAAUAAUAACUUACAAAGAAAGUGUAGAUCUCCUUUGAUUCUCCAAAUCACAGAAGAACAUAUGAAAAGAGAGAUAUAAAAUGGAGAGACAUAGUAUAAUAUUGUUUUACAUAAGUAUAAGAACCAACAAUGUAAAAUAGGAGUAUCACUCACAAAAAAGGAGCAGUAAAAGCCUGCUCUAACUGAUCCAGCUUUUGAUCCACAGACCAGAACUUCAAUGGUGGUACAAGUAGGCAGAACACCAGCUCUCAAAGUAAACAGCCUUUAUUAAAAGUAAAUAAAAUCCACAUUCCCCGUUUCCAUAUAGAAGUCUGAUAACCUUUAGCCAGUGCUGUAUUGCAAAUAUCUACCAGUCCCUAUGGAUUUCCAUGGUAGAGCUAAGCUCCCGUCAUUCCAAUGUGAGGGGAAGAACUACAUUUUAAUGGAGACUACCCAGAAUUAUGAACUAUAGUCAGGUUUUUUUUUUUUUUUACAAUUCGUUUUAUAUAGGUUUAUCUGCAAUUCAUUUUAAAUUAUUACGUGCAAUAUUUAUGAUGUCCUUUUUCACAAUUUAUGGUGCUUAAAAUGUUAUUCACUUUCUUUUUCUUAUUAAAAUGAUCCUUCAAUAUUGUUUCCUAUUACUUUUUUUUAUUUUUAAUGUUUGCAAAAACAUUUACAUUCACCACUUGUCUCUCUCUUCUAAGAGUUAUAGUACCUAGCAGGAAACCUAAAACCAUAGGUUUUCUGUAAAAGGCAGACACCUUUGGGUGGAGUUAUGGUUUAAUAUGUUUGAUUUCCUCCAGCCCAUAUAAUGCCAAUUUUGCAGUACAGAACUGAUCACGCAUACCUUGGUAAACUGGAAUCAAAAAGAUGGUUGUAGAAUCUUGCAUACUUAUUCCUCCAGGGCUCACCCUACUCAUUGAUACAAAACAUGUAUUGAUUGUUCGCUUUAGUGCAUAAAUAUGUGUGUGUUCCACUCCAACUAUUAUCCUACAAUUACUAUAAUAUUUCAUACAUUUGUAUAUGCAUUAUACAUUUUAAGGGACAUAUAAUCGGCUUGCCAAUAUGUUAACUCUGUACAUUCCUUUCCACCCCUCCAUACUGACCCUCACUACAGAAAAGCUUGUUGCUUGCUGUCAAAAUGAUAUUAACUUCCUUCCACCUCCAGAUACACCAUCCUGAUCUCCAGAGCCAACAAUUCAAUAGUUUUGCUGUCACGAAUCACCAUCCCGCCCCUACAACCUGUACUCCCACCCAACUGUGCAGCUGUAUGUAAUCUUAAAUAUUUGCCUAACAAGCAGCAUCAUAUUUGCAUAUUCCCCAUGAUUCCUGGUCAUUACUUGAAAUACCAUCUGCAACCUUAUGUACUUGUUUUGUUUCUCUAUUGCACGGUGUUGCAGAAUAUGUUGGUGCUAUACAGUAAUUUUUCAACUCUCCUUUAGAUUGUAAGCUCACAAAAUAGUAAUUGAUAUAGCUUUAAACUAACUUUUUUGUUUUGUUUCUGUCCUAAUAGCCUCAUGAAAAACAGAAAUGCCCCGAUUUGCCUGCCUUUCCCUCUUGUUUAUCUACAACACAUUUCUUUAUUUUUGUAACGGUGCAAACAGUGUUAUUCUUUGGUUAUAUUGUGUAUAGGUAAGUUAAAGUACAGUGUUACAGAAUGUUAAUUUGCCAAAUGACAAUGACUUAAAUUUUCCCAUUGGGGAAAUAUAAACUUAUGAAGCCAUUUGAUUUGAUUCAGUUUCUGAAUAUAGCUUUUUAUAGUGAUCAUUUCCCCCUAAAAAUGAUUUUUAGAAUUGAAAAUGGCAUGUAGGGUGUUUUUAUAAAUUCCAUGUACACAAAUACAGGGGUUUAAGGCAGCGUGUGUGUGUGUGUGUGUGUGUGUGUGUGUGUGUAAAAAAAGGCCAAGUCCGAAGCGGAUGCCAACGUCUUUGAGUUUAAGUGCCAGCCUCUACUUAAAGGGACACUGUAGGCACCCAGACCACUUUAGCUAAUUGAAGUAGUCUGGGUACUGUGACCCUUUUGCACUUAGUGCUGCAAUGUAAAACAUUGCAGUUCCAGAGAACAGCAAUGUUUGCAAAACAGCUCUAAGUCUGCCCUCUGGAAUCCCUCCUGCGGACGUUGGCGUGGUGGAGCCUGUCUCAGCGCUGGAUUCAGGCAAGUGGCUGAAGGGAUUUUAACCUAUUAACCCUACAGUGCCAGGAAAACUGCUUUGUUUUCCUGUCACUAUAGGAUCCCUUUAAGUGCAUCAAUUGACACAGUAUAUGAAAGUAGUAGCCGAAAUGGUCAGUCCCACUUCCUGCUUUGACAUAGUUUUAGAGAAAUCUGUCUAGUUACCUUGCAAAAUGUAGUGUAACAACAAAGGGCGGAGUUACGUAUAGGAUUGUAUUGACAAAAUUUGUAGCAUUUAAGAAAACUAAGAAAACUAUGGAAGGUGGGUAAGAGACUAAUCUUGGCAGUAAAGUGAGGGAGAGAGUGAAACCAUCAACAGAUAUUGCACUAAAUAUUUAAAUGUUUCUAAAGGACUUGAAAUGUCUACUCUAUGCUCAUAACUGGAAAUUGAGCAAAUGUAAGAUUCCUAGAGUGUUAAACUUAUUUCUUGCUUGAUAAAUGCUAGAUUGUUAUUGCGGGGGGGGGAGGGGGAGGGGCUAGAGUAGCUCUCUGGAGGUUUCAAGACCAAAGCCACUAGUAGGAACAAGUGGAGUUGUGCACUGAUCAGUACAGAUGUUCAGAAUAUACGUCAUCUGCAAUAGUGCGAGCCACCUGGAGCUGCACUGCAAACUUGGGUAAACCACAUAAUUGGAAGAUAGAGCACAUGAGGACCAAAGGAGAACAGGCUGCUACUAGCAGUGGGAAGGAUGAGCAUGGGCUACUACUGGUAGUAGGGAAAGGCAGGAUUAGCUACUGCUGGGACAGUGUGGAGAGGCAGAAUGAGCCAGUGCUUGAAAUGGGUGCUGAAGGGACCAGAAUGGACAACUUUUGGCAUUGGAGAAUUUUAAUUUGUUUUUCUAUUUUUGUUUUUCAGAACUAAACAAGAAGCGGCAGCAAAGAAGUUCUUUUGAUGAUCUGUUUAAUUGUGUGUAUUUGUACUUUAUGAUGCACACAGAGCAUGUCUGUACAUGAGGAACUUUUUUAGUACCAAAUGGCUUCAUUAGUUUAAAUUAUUGAAUUUCUUGGAACUGAAAUAAAACUUUUGUUAAUGGAUGGCAACAAAAAUGGGGUGAGGAUGAAUUGCAGAAUAUUUUUAACUAUUUUUUUAAAAACUUGUGAGUCCACAAAAGAGCUUUGUUUUUUUAACUGGAUACAGUUACCCCUGCUGCCCAUCAGCCAUCUCUAUCUAAAGCUAUCUUUUCUUGCUCAGGUCUUGAGGUUUUGUGGGUUUUUUUUUUAUUUUAUUUUUUAUUUUUUGGGGGGGUGGGGAGCGGGGUGGUUUAUUUGUUUUUUGUUUUGUUAAUAGACAAUAUGGUUUCUCUUCUUUAUACUUCUGAUGCAAAUUUCUUAAGUUUUCACAGCAACAUUCUUCUAAAUGAUUAAUAUGUAAUAUGGUCAUUGAACAGAUUACUACAUGCUAUAUUUUGCUUUUAUUCAUGUCACUUAAUCAUUGGCUGCAUCAUGGUUUAGCUGUCCAAAGGUGCUUAAAUAUACUAGCACUCAAAUCUUUUGAGUAUCUUUUCACUUACCAUAGUCUUAUCAUGGCUUCAUUUAUGUAACUCCAGUCUACAAAACAAAUUUGUAGAAAGAAUGUGCCUAAACAAAGUAUAUAUUGCCCCAACAAAGUGUUUCCUCUAAAAGCAAGUUGGAGAAGUUUAGCACCUAAAACUUUAAGAUAUAAAUUUUUUUUUUAAAUCUUCAGUCACACAGCGUUUUAUAAAGUUGCCAUUCUUAACAGCUACGGUGCUAGACUGCUUACAGAAAAUACAGAUCAGCCCCUUCAGGUUUUGCUAUUGGAGAACUGUAACAAAGUCUCUUCCUACCCAGAAUUGUUAAAGGGACACUAUAGUCACCUGAACAACUUUAGCUUAAUGAAGCAAUUUUGAUGUAUAGAACAUGCCCCUGCAGCCUCACUGCCCAAUCCUCUGCCAAUUAGGAGUUAAAUCCCUUUGUUUAUGAACCCUAGUCACACCUCCCUGCAUGUGACUUGCACAGCCUUCCCUAAACACUUCCUGUAAAGAGAGCCCUAUUUAGGCUUUCUUUAUUGCAAGUUCUGUUUAAUUAAGAUUUUCUUAUCCCCUGUUAUGUUAAUAGCUUCCUGGACUCUGUAAGAGCCUCCUGUAUGUGAUUUAAAGUUCAAUUUAGAGAUUGGGAUACAAUUUUCAUGCAGGCUCUGUCAAUCAUAGCCAGGGGAGGUGUGGCUAGGGCUGCAUAAACAGAAACAAAGUGAUUUAACUCCUAAGUGGCAGUGAAUUGAGCAGUGAAAUUGCAGGGGAAUGAUCUAUACACUAAAACUGCUUUAUUUAGCUAAAGUUUAGGUGACUUGUUCUGAAAGAUGCGCGAUCAGUACAUGUUUUAUGAUCUUUAAACUAAACUGGUUGUAUCAGCCAGCAACUGCCAUUUUUAUUUAGUCCAUCUACUCUACUGAAAAAGCCAGAGCUAGAGCUGUUUGUGGGUCCUAAGGACAGAUUUGUACCUAUAUAAUUUAUGAAGGUGGAAGAGUGGGGUAUCUGCAUGUCAGUGUUAUAUAAAUAUACUGUGCUCUGUCAUUGGGACACCUGUCAAUAAAUCCCAUCUCCCAUUGACUGAGCUCCAUUCGACAUCUGUACAAUUACAUGUAUACAAGCAACGUGACUAAUGUAUAAAAAAUAAAUACAUGAAACUAAACUCCAUGUUUUGCCAUUUUUAUGCAUAGAGCUUAUCCGUGAGAUUCCAGGACUAUCCUCUAUUCUGUUUAAGAGGUGUACUUUGUACUGGUGCUGAUUCUAGUGAAUAUCUCCAUAUAAACUGUAUGAUCAACACUGCUUUUAUUUUGUUUAAUGCUGUAGAAUAUAGAGUUUUUGGUACCCAAUGUACAUUCUAAGGGCCAUAUACCUAUACUUCUUGCGUAGGUUAUGUGCUAGGUCCACUUUCCCUGUCUCCUUCCACAUUGUUGCUUAUAUCUCCAUCAAUUAGGAAAAAAUCACCGUAGCCAUAAGUCUUCCCCUAUUGCCUGUGACAUUAAAGGAUGAAUUUUAUACUUAUUUUUGCAGAGUAUGUACAUUCAAGCCCCACCACCCUUGUCCUGCACUUUGAAAAAUCUCAGGUAGGGUUUUUGUGCAUAAGUCGACUGCAGCUCCAUCAAAUAUUGUACACAGUGCCAUUCACAAAAUUGGAUUACUUUCAAGGGUUCUAUUCACAUUGUUUAAAAGGAGUCUUGUUGUGAAUUAGUUUGUGAUGGGUCCAGUUUAUUAUUGAUUACUACAAAUAAACAAGCAACUGGGCUUCACUGUCACUUCAGAUGUUGAACAUUAUAACUCCCAUGAUCAGCCAGAGGAUAACAAGUUUUAGUGUGACGUGAUCUUCCUAUUCUUGAUUAGCAUUCAUUUAUAUGUCUCUUUUCUAUCCAGCAGGUGAAUGGAAGUUACUUUCAAUUAUUAUGACUAUUCUCACCAACACCAUU